CAGUUCUCUUGUCAGUGGAAAAAAUGCUGAAUGGAAAUUCGACGCUAUGUUGUUCUGAGAGGGACGAAAUCAUAGAAGUGAUUGUAAUUUCAGGGAAUCUCAACUCGAAAAUUCCGCUGCAAUCAAUUGAGUUCGCCGAAAGCAUUUUGGGCAUGCCGUGACAGUUAAACGCCCGGGACGCCAUGCUAUUUGAAACGUGAAUCAAAAAGCCCACAAACAAAUGGAACAGCAUUCAUCGCGGUCAUGAUCUUUGCGGCGAUCCGCAAAUUUAAUUUGCUUAUGAUACGUCACUUGGGUCGCGAUUAUCGAGAAGACUGUUUCGAUUUGAAAAGUGUUUAAAUUUGUGGUUUUAAUUUUUAUAUCAAGACAAUUUUUUGUGAAAAAUUAAUUGAUAAUGGUGAGAUGCGCAAUAAAUGGUUGUGAAAGUUAUCAAGGCAAAAAGGGAAGUACCUUGAGAUUCUUUCGUUUUCCGAAAAAUAAGACAAUUUGCGAAGAGUGGAGAAAACUUUGUGAAAAGUCUAGGAAGAUCGACUUCAAAAAUGCUCGUGUGUGUUCAAAACAUUUUCUCCAAGACGAUUAUAAGCUCCAAGACAUACUUCUGGAGACCUUAGAAAGCAAAAGACGGUUAAAGGACGAUGCCGUUCCGAGUCAGUAUUUACGGGAGCAGGGUACUGAAAGUGAGAGAUCGAAAAGAGUAAAAGUCAGGAGACAAAAAAAGGUGGUACAAGAUGCUGUAUCAUCUUUUGAGAGGCAAGAAGAGAUUGCAAGUCAAAUCGAAGUGGAAAGUAUUUUACCUGUACAAUCGACUCAAAAAGACGCCGAGGUUCAAACGGAGGUUGAUUACGAUUGUAGCAGAGAAUUGCAAAUAUUGGAGCUACAACGAGAAAACAGACAACUUAAGGCUCACAAUAAAAAAAUGGUUAAACGUCUACAAAGAGCAGAACGUACUAUUUCUUCACUACUCUUGGAAUUAGACACCUAAAUGAUUUGAUUUCGCAACGAGCCACUAAAAAUUAUGAAUAUUAUUUAUUAACUUUAUAUGUUGAUGUUACGUUUAUGUUCAA